AUGUCAAAUGAAUCACCAUUCUUUUGGACUACUCAACGCUUUAUGAAAACACUGACUGCAAUAGACGCUCCGAAAACCACCAGGACCUUCGAUCAGCCUACCCUAUUAAUCAAAGUUUUGCAUACAAUUGUCGAAGGACAUUUGAUCGUGUAUGUGAGGAGAAGACGAAGCGCAUCAACAGUUGCCGACAGCGACACCGUGUCUGGCAAUGGCAAGACUUCUGUAGCUUUUGUGCAGCGGCGCGAUCCUGGUUGCACUCGUCUGGUCGCAAGUGCCAGGCGUGAUCAGAAUACAGCACAACGGGAGACUGUUGGACCUCGUAGGCGCGAUACUGAUGGGAUUUCAAGCCCACCUCCGCCUUAUUCUGCCCGCGUUGCCUCUAUGUCCGCUGACCGACCACCAACAUACAGCCAAAUCGAUCUAAUUCGUGGACAUUCAUCGCAUCGACACUAG